GGUGGUGGGUGGGUUGAAUUAAAGUGACACAACUGCAGUACGUGCCACUCAGUAGCUAAAGAGAGCAGAGCAGCACUCCAGGGUCUGUGAGCUGUGAGAGACAUUUAAAAGGGAAGUAACCGUUUCAGUAGAGCAACGAGCCACACAGAGAGAGAGAGAGAGAGAGGAGGAUAGAGCUUCUCACCAUGCUGUAGAGCAUCCAUGACUCUAAUCUAGUUUAUAAAGGAUCCUGAUAGGAACUGGGAGAGAGAAAUGUGUUUUAUAUUCUCAAAGAUUUAACUCAGUGUGUUAUUUUGGAUUAUGCAUAUCUGUGUUUUCCACAGCACUGAAUCUGGAUGCAGGAUCUAACCAGCCCAGAACUGACUGCAGCAAGUCAGCUGGUUUUAUCCAUUUACCCCAUAUGGCUUUUUCCUCCCUUUUUCUCUUCUAUUUGUUUGAAUUUCGAAGAUGAGCAAGAGGCAGUCGGUCAGCUGCACAGUGAGCACAGGGGAGCAGGAGGACAAACAGAACAGUACAGGCAUUUUGAAAUAGAACUAUAAAAGGAGGAGAGGAAGAGGAGGAGGAAGAGGAGAGUCUGUGUUGUGUGGCAGAGUUGUGGUGUUCCCUGCUCAGUGCCUAGCAGUAACAUGGCUGUGAUACAGAAGAGGGAACACAGGGAGACCCCCAGCAAGAAGACUGCACCCCAAGAAGCCAGAAAGGGUCUUUCUACCAGAGAUACUCUAGACAAGCAGAAAAAGGAGAGCAGAGCCGGGAGACGGAGAGAAAAAGGCAAUGAAGACACAAAGCCCAAUAAUUCAGAGAAGAGGAGAGCAGUCAUCUGUGUCCCUGCCUCCAUCAAAUCAGCUGUGAUCAGUAACAACACAACCAGUCAUGCAGCAGGGCCACAGGCGCUGAAGGUUGAUGACAGGCUGAGACUAGCGAAGGAGCGGAGGGAGGAGCAUGAGAAUCAGCUUGUGUCCAGAGAGCUGGGCUGGUUGGCUCGAGAGGAGCGAGCCAGGCGUCUUUAUGAGCAGCAGCUGGAGGUGAGGAAGAGGAGGCUACAGGAGCAGAGAGAGAAGGAGGAGAAGCGAAGGACAGCUCUUGAGCGGAGGGAGGAGCUUAAGAAACAGCUUGUGUCCAGAGAGCUGGGCCGGUUGGCUCGAGAGGAGCGGGCCAGGCGUCUCCAUGAACAGCACCUGGAGGAGAGGAAGAGGAGGCUGCAGGAGCAGAGAGAGAAGGAGGAGAGGAGGCGCACUGCCGUGGAGGAGAAGAGGAGGCAGAGGAUGAAGGAGGAGACAGAGCGCUAUGAGUCUGUGGUGAAGAAGACCUUAGAGAAGUGCCAGAGGGCCAAACAGAGACUGAGCCAGGGCUCUCGAGGAAGGAAGACCAACAACAAGAGCGUUCCUCGCAGCUCUCCCCUGACUGCCUGGGAGAGGGCUCUGGUCUGUCGCCUCCUAACCCCUACAUGCUCCUACCUAGCCAGGAGAAGGAGUCAUAGUUGUCAGUCAAGAGAAGAGGAAGUUGUCCAUGUUUGUCCCCGUUCAGCUUCAUGCCACUCCAUAUCUGCCACUGCCACCAACUGUCAUAAAUCACCACACCGCUCUGGCACACCUGACCACCACCGGGUGCAGGCAGACUACCGCUCUGGCACACCUGACCACCACCGGGUGCAGGCAGACUACCGCUCUGGCACACCUGACCACCACCGGGUGCAGGCAGGCCUCCAGGCAGACUACCGCUCUGGCACACCUGACCACUACCGGGUGCAGGCAGGCCUCCAGGCAGACUACCGCUCUGGCACACCUGACCACUACCGGGUGCGGGCAGGCCUCCAGGCAGACUACCGCUCUGGCACACCUGACCACUACCGGGUGCAGGCAGGCCUCCAGGCAGACUACCGCUCUGGCACACCUGACCACCACCGAGCACAAUCGGACUUCCAGGCAAAUCUCCGGGCAGACUACCGGUCUAUCAUCUGGGCAAACUACCAGUUAAAAGCAGCACAGCAGAAGGAGAGUGAGAGGACGUUCAGGAGGAAUAGACAGCAGCCUCACAUACCCAAUGCUCCCGUGAAAGUGUUACCCACAAACAUACAGAGCAGAGAUGCAGUGCCCUUUCCAGAACGUAAACCUGUGAUCAGACACAAACCUGUGAUCAGACAGCCUCCAUCACAUCAGGUUGGGCUGGAACUGUACCCUGUUCCGGAGGAGGAUGGUCCUCCAGUCUCCAACCAAACCCUCUCCCCUGGGAACUCACGGCCCAGCCAGACCAUCUCUCCUUGGGCUCCAGUCUCCAAUCACACCCUCUCCCCUGGGAACUCACGGCCCAGCCAGACCAUCUCUCCUUGGGCUCCAGUCCCCAAUCAUACCCUCUCCCCCGGGAACUCACAACCAAUCAGCAUCUCAGAAGCAGCAUGGGACCAGGUCCAACCAUUCGUAGGCUCAGCAGAACCUCAGACAGUCCCCACACCUAGAACUGAGGGCGAUACAGGCCCCCUUCCUGGAGCCCCCUCCUGCACCAGGCCGUCUGCUGGCACCAUGGAUCCAGAGGAGGCCUCAUGUCUUCUGGCCGAGAAGAGAAGAGAGGCCCGUCUGAAGAGAGAGAGAGAGCAGGAGGAAUGCCUGCGCAGGGAGGAGAUAGAGAGGUACGGACAGAGGGCCACCUUACAUCUUCCCAUCUGUCUUCUACUGACCCAACAUUCAUCUUCCCAGUAGGAAAAACAACCUGAGUAAUCUUUUUGCCUAAAA